AUGCUCAACUCGUGCCAAGAUUUCAAGAUGGUUCCAAGAAACUUAUCCACAAUUAAAAAAACAAAACCCCAAAACGAGCCUUAUUUACUAUAAAUAUUGUUUCUAAUUAUUUGGUUGUUAGAUCUGAUUAUAUACUACUACUAUAUAAUAGGAGUAGGAAGAAACAGAACCCCAAAGCUUACAACAAGUCACAAAGACAACAGAAAAACAAAAGGCAAAAAUGGGGAAUACUCUAGGUGGAAAAAAGACAACAAAAGUGAUGAAAAUCGAUGGACAAACCAUGAAAUUCAAGACACCAAUUUAUGCAAACGAGGUUCUAAGAAAUUAUCCUACUAUGGUAUUAUUAGAAUCCGAAUCAGUGAAGCAUUUUGGGGUCAGAGCAAAGCCAUUGGAACCACAACAAGAGUUGAAACCCAAAAGGCUCUAUUUCCUAGUUGAGUUACCUAAGUAUCCCGAAGAGAAAACCCCGAGGAGGGUCCGUUCAGGGAUCCAAAUGAGCGCUAAAGAUAGGCUCGAAACCCUAAUGUUAGCUCGGAGAUCUGUGUCUGACUUGUCAAUCUUGAAGCCUCCCAGUAUUAUGACUGAAGAGUCGUCAUAUCAUAAUAACUAUGCUUCAGGCUCAGUGCUUAAUAAUAGUAAGACGGAGAACGGUGGUGGGACCGUGAGGGUAAAGUUGAGGUUGCCUAGAGCUGAGGUGGAGAAACUAAUGAUGGAGAGUAAAGAAGAAGGAGAUGUUGCCGAGAAAAUUAUGCGACUUUGCUUGGUCAACAAUGGUGGUGGUGGCGGUGGUGGUGGAAGAGACAUGUUUCAGAAUAAAAGUGGUCCGUUGUUGAAAGAACAAAGUAAUUGGAAGAAUAACAAUGGAGGAAUAAUUAAGAAAGGAAUCAGAUCUCGAGAGAAACGUGUAGGAUUCUUGCCAAUUACAGAAGGGGAGAUUCAAUUAGCAGUGGCUUCUUAACAAAUUAAAGAGGAGAAAAAUAAAUCCAUUUAUUAUAUUUCUCUCUUUUGUAGUGUACAAGUACUCCUCUCCGAAUUCCCAGGCAGACUUUCUCAGAUAUUUACUACUAUUAUGUAUUAGUCUUUUAUUUAUGUAUAGUAAAAUCAGGAAGCUGAGAAUUAUAUGCCGUUUGUGAAUUAUGUGAGAGACAGCUUACAAUAUAUUCCUGUUUUUUUAUAUAAAACUAUGGUGUGCGCACAUUAUAUUACUGUUA